ACUCAGAAGAUCUCUGCUGGGGGCUUCUUGAAGAAGACGCUGUUCAAUUUUGCGUACUCCCACAAACUGAGUAAUUUGAAAGGCGGGAGUAAGACAGACGAGGCAUCUCCACUCAGUGACAAGCUCGUCUUCAGCAAGGUAAAGCAAGGGUUGGGAGGAAAUGUACGGCUAAUCCUAUCUGGAGCAGCACCACUGGCCAGCCAUGUCGAAGCUUACCUUCGAGUCGUCACAUGUGCCCAUGUUCUGCAAGGAUACGGUCUCACGGAGAGCUGUGUUGGAAGUUUCGUGUCAUUGCCAAAUGACAUGUCGAUGCUCGGCACUGUAGGUCCUCCAGUGCCAAAUGUUGAUGUCCGCCUUGAAUCGGUUCCGGAAAUGAACUACGAUGCUCUCUCCAGCACUCCUCGUGGUGAAAUCUGCAUCCGCGGCGACACCCUGUUCUCCGGCUACUACAAACGUGAUGAUCUCACUGAGGAAGUUUUGAUUGGUGGAUGGUUCCACAUUGGCGAUGUUGGGGAAUGGCAACCCGACGGAAGCAUGAAAAUCAUCGACCGGAAGAAG